AUGGCAAUGGAUCUAGUUAUAUUAAUUUGCAUAUUUAUUGCAGUAAUACUAUUUGCUUUUGCAUGUAUUCUCCAGAAGGUAUACAAAAAGAAAACGCAGGACAGACCAGCACUGCGCCGUGGUAAAAGAGGAAGCAUUACUGAGCAAAUUGAGCUGACACCUAUUAACAAAGAUGAUAUGUGCAUUCGAGAUAAUAUUAGUAUAGGCAACAUUCCAGUCGAAAUUGAUCCUAGUAAUUUGAAAUUUUCGUCAGUUUUGGAAAAUGGAUAUUUCUGUAAAAUUAGAAGAGGUACCCUAAAUAUAAAUGUUACUGCGGAAGAAAAAAAUUCAAACAAGUUAGUGGACGUUCUAGUAAAGCGACCUAAAAAUCAUAUUGAAAAAGAAAUGCUUGAGAACGAGCUAACAAUUUUGCGUUUAAUUGGGAGACAUCCAAAUGUUCUUGCUCUGAUUGGAUAUACUUCUCCUAUGUUUGGAAGAACAGUGGUUGUCUAUGAAUCUGUUGAGCUUGGAAACUUACAGCAUGUUUUGAAAAUCACUAAAAAUAAUUUUGAAUUAGUUGGAGUUCCAGAAACGGAAUUUUCGGGGCUUGACGAGUUUUGUGUUUCUGAUCUCCAUUCGUUUGCAUUUCAAAUCGCCAAUGGAAUGGAAUAUUUAACUCACAUUCCGGUGAUUCAUCGAUUUCUAGCUCUACGUAACAUAUUUUUAAAAAGGAACAAAACAAUUCGGAUAGCCAACUUCGGACUUUCAAAAAACGUCAAUGAUUACAGAAUAAUCGAUAGUAUGGAUACUCCUGUUCCACUUUAUUGGAUGGCACCAGAAAGUUACAAUGAACUUAUUUUCAAUGAGAAGACGGAUGUCUGGUCAUUUGGAGUAUGUCUUUACGAGUUAUAUUCAUUGGGUGAAGAUCCUUACGAAAAUGUGAAAACACUUUUCGACCACUUGAUGGAAUACUUGGAGAAAGGCAAUCGACUCUCGAAACCGAAAUAUAUUGAUUCUCCGGAAAUAUUCGAUUUCAUGAAAAUAUGCUGGAACUUCAAACCGGAAACUCGUCCUUGUUUCUCCGAUUGUGCUCAGUUUUUUAAAUCUCAUUUGCAAGAGUUUCCCCCUGCGUUGUUGGAGCAAACACAAAGUGAACUCAAACUUGAAUCAAAUAUCCGAAAACUCUAA